CUGACACCUCUAAUUUGCCCCAUAGGCUGUCUAAAAGAAAAGACCGCCCCUGAAAGCGGUACAUAAUCAUACCGGGGAAGGAACUACGGAUCACACAGUUCGUUGCGACGCCCUUCAUACAUUGAAAUAAUGUUUUUUUAGACUUAAACGCACUGACUCAUUCUGUUUUAGCCCCAAAAAACUCUGGGUUACUCUUUUCUCAACGUUUGAGACGAAAUCACGUUUUCUUUUCAACUAAAACGUGACCACAAACUCUAGUAGUAGAAACAAAGGAAACUCGCGGGGUAACCGCGGGUUCUACCAAUCAGGGACGUCGAUACGCACCUCAGCAUUGUGGGUAGUGUAGUUCUUUACCGGAAACUCGUGAAAACUCCAACACGAGAUUGAUGAACUAGGAAAUGUUGUCCUCUACUUGAAUAUAUAGCGUUGUUUCACCCUCAUGUAGCUCGUGGUAUGUCUGCUUCGGUUGGUUACAACAUCAUGGCCAAUAACAAAACCGUAGAAAGCACUGCUGCUGAAAGUGAGGCGACUUUAACAGAGCCAGACAUCAGCAUCAAUGGGAAAAUAUACAUUUUACAUCUUCUUAAAUGCAGCACUCCUGCUUCAGUGUUGCUUUGCUGAAACAGAGAGGUCUGGACCUGUGGUGGCUUUAAAGACUGGGACUGUGAGAGGACGAUAUGUGGCAGUGAAAGGCGCAGAGCAGGUGGAGGUGUAUUUAGGAGUCCCAUACGCUCGUCCACCUUUGGGGCAGCUGCGGUUUACUGCCCCACAACCAGCUGAGCCAUGGGAAGGAGUGAGGGGUGCCACGGAGCUGCCCAAGAGAUGUCUACAGGAAACAGAACCAAUGGGAAAUGAGUGGGAGACAUUUCCUAUAAACUAUCCAACAGUAGAAAUGUCAGAAGAUUGUCUUUACCUGAAUGUGUACAGACCUGCUGGGACUGCCUCUGGAGACAAACUACCGGUGAUGGUGUGGAUCCAUGGGGGAGCUCUGGCUACAGGAGCAGCUUCAGAGUACGAUGGUUCAGCGCUAGCAGCGUAUCACAACGUGGUCGUGGUCAUCAUUCAGUAUCGUCUGAAUAUUUUAGGAUUCCUCAGCACUGGAGACAAACAUGCCCCUGGAAACUGGGGCUUCCUGGACCAGAUAGCCUGUCUGCACUGGGUCCACGACAACAUAGCAGCCCUUCAUGGAGACCCAAACUCAGUCACCAUCUUUGGGACAGCAGGCAUCAGCGUCUCUUUGUUGACGCUGUCUCCCCUGGCAGAGGGUUUGUUUCACAGGGCUAUCCCCAUGAGUGGAGUGGUACCGCUGGAGGCUGAGUUCACCAGUGAUCCACUCACCUUGGCCCAGAUGAUGGCCAGUGCGAGCGACUGUGAGAGUGACGACAAUGAGGAACUUGUUCAGUGUAUGAGAGGAAGGACUGAAGAGGAGAUGCUCAGUGCAAUUAAAAAGUUUCAAGCCCUUGUUGCUCCCGCUGUUGAUGGUGUGUUCCUGACAAGCCCCCUGGAGGAAGUUUUAAAAAGCCAGAAGUUCCAGAAAGUUCCUGUGCUGCUUGGAGCGACAAAUCAUGAGUUUGGAUGGAUGCUCCCAUGGUACGUAGGACCUCCUGGAUGGGAUAAAGGUAUGACAAGAGAAGAUGUGUUAUCAGUGCUGGAAAUAAGCUACCCCUUCCAUGCCCCAGGAGCCAAUGAAGCCAUACUGAAUGAGUACCUGCAAGAGGACGACUCUCCAGAGAGCAUACGUGACGCUUUCACAGAGAUUUUUGGCGACUUGAUCCUCGUUCUUCCCAUACUCAAAGUAUCUGCACACCAUCGAGAUGCAGGCGUGCCGGUUUACUUCUAUGAGUUUCAGCAUUCACCUCAGAUGUUCAGAGGGACUAGACCCAGCUUCGUAAAAGCAGACCACUAUGAUGACAUCUCGUUCUUCCUCGGAUAUCCCUUCCUUACUGGAGACAUCUCGAUUAAAGACCCUGUGCCACAAGAAGAGGAAGAGCUGAGCCGGAUCAUGAUGGCCUACAUUGCCAACUUUGCAUGCAAUGGGUCACCUAAUGGACCCGGCUUAGUAGAAUGGCCUCGAUACGACCACAACGAAAGCUACCUGAAGCUGAACCUGCAGCAGACGGUCGGCCAAAGACUCAAACAGAACCGAGCUCACUUCAUGGACGUGGUCCUGCCCGCUGAGCUGGGAAAUUCCCACCCUGCUUCUGAUGAACUCUGA